CUCUGGAUUGUCGCCAUGGGGGGAUCUGCUCUCUACUUGGUGACUGCUGUCCUGGUGGUCUGCUCUUUCCCCUCUCCCUCCUCCAGUCAGCUAUACAGCCUCAUCACUCCCAAUGUCCUGCGGGUGGAGAGUGAAGAAAAGAUCCUUGUGGAGGCUCACGGCUUCAACGCGCCCACGGAAGUGACCGUCACAGUCUUUGACUUCCCUCUGAAGGGGAAGACUUUGUACAUGGUCAGAGACACCCUGAACCCAGCAAAUGGCAUGAUGGUGACUCCAAGCAUAAAGGUUCCCGCUAAAGACAUGAAGAAGGAUUCCAAGGGGAACCAGUAUGUGGUCGUCCAGGCCAGCUGUCCCAAGUUCCAGCUGGAGAAGGUGGUUCUGGUCUCCUUCCAAGGUGGCUACAUCUUCAUCCAAACAGAUAAGAACAUCUACACCCCUGGAAGUGCAGUGCGCUAUCGAAUCUUUCCUGUGGGUUACCUCAUGGAGCCUCUGGACAAAAGUGUGAUUGUCGAGUUUCAGACACCAGAAGGAAUUGUGGUCCACCACGCUUCCAUUGCCUCUCUUUCAACAAACAUCCAGCCUUUCAACAUACCUGAGAUUGUGAGCUUAGGAACAUGGACGGUGAUGGCCAAGUAUGAGGACUCCCCCCAGCAUACAUUCUCCACAAAAUUUGAAGUCAAGGAAUACGUGCUACCAAGCUUUGAAGUCAUCCUGGUACCGCACGAGAAGUUUUAUAACAUCGACAGCGACGAAGAUUUCAGAGUGUCUAUCAGUGCGAGGUUCCUCUAUGGGAAGAGAGUGAAAGGUGUGGCCUUGGUCCUCUUUGGAGUGCUGGAAGAUGGCAAGAAGCUCAGUAUCCCCGAUUCCCUCGACAGAAUCCCGGUUAUCGAUGGUGAAGGGGAACGAGAAGCUGUGCUAACGAAACGCCAGCUCCAAAAACAAUUUACCGCUCCCAGGGAUCUCAUUGGGCAUUUCGUCUACGUCUCUGUCACUGUGAUGACGGAAGCAGGCAAUGACAUGGUGGUAGCUGAACUGAGCGGCAUUAAGAUUGUGACGUCUCCCUAUGAAAUCCACUUCACAAAAACCCCCAAGUACUUCAAGCCAGGGAUGCCGUAUGAACUGACGGUUUUCGUCACCAACCCCGAUGGCUCCCCAGCGCUGAAUAUCCCUGUGGCAUCGGAACCCAUCGCAGCCGAGGCGGUUACACAGAACGAUGGAACGGCCAAACUUAUCCUGAACACGCCAGCAAACUCACAGCCGCUAGAAAUCACCGUCAAAACCAGACACCCGAGAGUCCAGGCGAAUGCCCAGGCCAGCAACACCAUAUUGGCCAACGCCUACCAGACCCAAGGGCAAUCUGGGAACUACCUUCAUCUGGCAGUCACAGCCAGGGAGCUCAGGGCCGGGGAUAACUUGCCCAUCAAUUUCAACGUGAAGACCAGCAAUCAAAACGUGAUGAACCAGAUCCCUUAUUUCACCUACAUCAUCAUGACCAAAGGAAAGAUCUUCAAGACCGGGAGGCAACUUAAGGCCCCAGGGCAGAACCUGGUGACGAUGUCUCUGCCCAUCACCCCUGAUCUCAUCCCCUCUUUCCGAAUUGUGGCUUACUUUCAAAUUGGAAACCGUGAAAUGGUGGCUGACUCUGUCUGGGUGGAUGUGAAAGAUACCUGCAUGGGAACGCUUGUUGUAACUGGAGCAACUGCGGCAGAUAACAAAAUCCAAAUGCCUGGAUCUCCAACAAAAAUCAAGCUGGAAGGCGACGCAAACGCUCACGUGGGCCUGGUGGCUGUCGACAAAGGCGUCUACGUCCUCAACAAGAAGUACAAGCUGACCCAGGCCAAGAUCUGGGACACCGUGGAGAAGAGUGACAUCGGGUGCACAGCGGGCAGCGGCAGAAACAAUGUCGGAGUGUUUGCAGAUGCCGGACUGACCCUGGAGACCAGCAACAGGAUCUCCACACCCCAAAGAACAGAUCCAAAGUGCCAGCAACCAGCAAGACGCCGACGCCGCUCUCUGCAGCUUCUGGACUCCAAGGCCACCAAAGUGGCCCAGUAUCAGGACCGGCUGCUGAGGAAGUGCUGCGAGGACGGGAUGCAGGACAACCCCAUGGGCCACAGCUGUGAGAGGCGGGCGGAAUACAUCCUGGAGCAAAACGAGUGCAAAGCUGCCUUCCUGGAGUGCUGCCAAUACAUCAGGAGCCUCCGCGACGAGAGCGCCCGCGAGGAAGAGCUAAUCCUGGCAAGAAGUGACAUUGAUGACGGCUUCUUAGGCGAUGACGAUAUUGUCUCCAGAACGGAAUUUCCUGAGAGUUGGUUGUGGCAAGUGGAACGGCUGGAUACACCUCCCAAUGACCAGGGGCUCUCGUCCAAGACGCUGUCGGUGUUCCUGAAAGAUUCCAUCACGACUUGGGAGGUGCUGGCGGUGAGCAUUUCGAAGACUAAAGGGGUCUGCGUGGCCGACCCUUACGAGAUCACGGUGAUGAAGGACUUCUUCAUCGACCUGCGGGUGCCUUACUCGGUCGUGAGAAACGAGCAGGUGGAGGUUCGGGCUGUCCUCUACAACUAUCGGGAACAACCCAUCACGGUGCGGUUAGAACUGGUCCACAACCCGGCCUUCUGCAGCGCUUCCACCGCCAAGGAAAGAUACAGGCAGGUUUUCAGCAUAAAAGGCCUGUCUUCCAAGGCCGUGCCAUUUGUGAUUGUCCCUCUCCAAAUGGGACUGCAUGAUAUCGAAGUCAAAGGAGCUGUCUGGGGCGAGUACGUGUCGGAUGGUGUCAAGAAGAAGCUGAAAGUCGUGCCUGAGGGGAUGCUGCGAAAGCUUACGACGGUCAUUGAGAUAGAUCCUUCUACAAGAGGAGUCGAUGGAGUCCAGGAACAGAAGGUAAUUGCCAAGCCAAUCGACGACAAGGUUCCUGACUCAGAAACUGUGACCCAACUCACCAUCCAAGGGAAUCCUGUGGCCCAGAUUGUUGAAGAUUCCAUCGAUGGGUCCAACCUGAACCAUCUCAUCAUCACCCCUUCCGGCUGCGGGGAGCAGAACAUGAUCCGCAUGACUCCAACGGUGAUCGCCACCCACUAUCUUGAUGCCACCGGGCAGUGGGAGAAGAUCGGGGUGGGGCGCCGGGCUUUCGCAGUCCAGCAAAUCAUGCUAGGUUACACACAGGAACUGGCGUACAAGAAAUCAGACCACUCCUACGCUGCAUAUCCUAGACACCCAUCUAGCACUUGGCUAACGGCAUACGUUGCAAAGGUCUUUGCCAUGGCUAAAUCUGUCGCGAGAAGUAUUGAUACGAAUGUCAUCUGCGGAGCUGUGAAAUGGCUGAUUCUGGAAAAGCAAAAGCCAGACGGAAUGUUCCAAGAAGACUCCCCAGUACUCAGCAGAUCUAUGCAGGGAGGCUAUCAUGGUGCGGAACCACAGGUGUCGUUAACGGCCUUCGUCCUGGUGGCCCUGCUGGAGACAGGCGGACUCUGCAGAGAGCAAAUCAACAUUUUUGACAACAGCAUCUCCAAAGCUGCUGGGUAUCUAGCCAGAAGGUACGAAUCACUGCAAAGGCCUUACACCGUGGCCCUGACCUCGUAUGCGUUAGUCCUCGCAGGGAAGCUGGACCAUGACAGGGUACUGAUGGGAGCCUCAACAGGUGGAGACCGGUGGGAAGAAGCCAACGCUCGCACCUACAACAUCGAAGGCACCUCCUACGCUCUUCUGGCCCUGCUGAAGCUGAGGAAGUUUGAGGAGGCUGGUCCCGUCGUAAGAUGGCUGACCCAGCAGAAAUAUUAUGGGGGGACCUACGGCCACACUCAGUCAACUAUCAUGGUGUUCCAAGCUCUUGCCCAGUACCAGACAGACAUCCCGCCCCAAAAGGAGAUGCAGUUGGACAUUUCUCUUAAAUUGCCGGGACGUCUUGCUCCAAUCAGUUAUAGAAUCAACUAUGAAAAUGCUCUGCUCUCUAGAACAGAAGAGACCAAAAUCAACGAAGACUUCACCGUGAAAGCAACCGGCCACGGCCAGGCCACCAUGACCGUAGUGACCUUGUACAACGCAAAACUCCGCGAAGAGGUUGUCGUCUGCAGUAAUUUUGAUCUCCGUGUGACUGUCACUCCUUUCCAGCUUCGCAAAGCAAUAGAUGGAGUCCUUGGAGCAGUCAAGAUUCAAAUCUGUGCCAGGUAUCUCCGUGACGCCAGUGCCACCAUGACCAUCAUCGAUGUCUCCAUGCUCACUGGUUAUGGACCUGCCGUGGAAGAUCUUAAGAGGCUUUCAGAAGGGGUGGACAGAUACAUCUCCAAGUAUGAGAUCGACACCGUCAAGUCGGAGAGGGGGAACCUCAUCAUCUAUUUGGACAAGGUUUCCCAUUUGGAAGAUGAGUGUCUGGAAUUCAAAGCUUACAAGUAUUUUGAGGCUGGUCUCAUUCAGCCGGGAUCCGUCACGGUGUACAGCUACUAUUCCCUAGAUGACCGUUGCACCAAGUUCUACCACCCGUCCCAGGGAAGCGAGCAUCUCAACAAGAUCUGCCACGGUGACAUUUGUCGGUGUGCGGAAGAAAACUGCUUCUUGCGCCGCCAAGAAGAUGAACCCGUCGACUUGCAGACGCGAGUUCUGGAAGCCUGCAAGCCAGAAGUGGAUUACGUGUACAAAGCCAAGCUGAUUCGAAUUGAAGAAGAAAACGGGUAUGACAACUACAUGAUGCAAGUUCUGGAAGUUAUUAAAGAAGGGAGUGACGUCCGCCCACAAGCCAAGCCCCGCAGGUUCAUCAGCCACAUGAAAUGCAGGCAGUCUCUGCAGCUGCAGGUGAACAAGGACUACCUGGUGUCAGGCCACAGCAAAGACCUGUGGCCCAUCAAAAACGAUUUCAAUUACCUCAUCAGCAAGGACACCUGGAUUGAGAGGUGGCCAAAUGAUGAUGAAUGCCAGGAGAACGAAUACGAAGACCUGUGCAACGACCUCGCCGAGUUCUCCAACAGACUCAGCAUUUUCGGCUGUGACAACUAAAGACGGCUGCAGCAGCGGUGUGGAGGCGGAUCUGAGCUGAUGUUGCAGAGAGGAGGCCUUCCAGCCUGGACCCUAGCUGACUCUCCUGUUGUGCCCCCAACUUUGUGCGUGUGUGUGUUUGUUUGUGUGUGUACAUAUAUAAAGAACAAUAAAGAACAGAUUUCUGACUGUGA